AUGCGUGUACGGGCUGACGGUCGCGUCAGGAGCAUUGUUCGGCGUCGCUGCUGCCCAUUCAAAUGUAGUCGCCUUGGUGUUAUUCAAGUCAAAGGCUACCUUCAGAACUUCGAGAGGAUAAUCGAUGAAAACACGAGUAGCAGUUUAAUAGAUUGCCGUUACACCUUCGCCCACCGUCGCGAGCAGUUCUAUCCCGAUGGGUUGAGUACGCCGACACUGUGUGUUUGUGGUCACACCACUGACGGU